AUGCAUCCCAAGGAGCCCCUGGCACUGCGACUGAGCUCCAAUCUACUAGUGGGAGUGGCUCGAAUCUACAACAAGCAACAGAUCAUCUUUUGGGCGGAAACAGGUGCGAUAUGGAGCCAAGUGCAGAAGAAAACGAGGGAACACACAAACGAGAACCUGCUCACACUGCAGAAUGACUUAGCUAGAGAGGAUAACAUCACCCUACAUCCUCUGAAUACUACGGAUGGUAACAUGCUGCGCAACUUGUUAGAGGAGAUCAAUCUGGAUGAUGUUGCAACAGACGAACACUUUACCACAUCACAACUGUUCUCGUCCACCGCCAAUACUACUACCAUGCCCACUCCAACGACACGUGUCCCAGACGCUCCACUCUCAGAUGCGUACUAUACCGGUUCAAAUAGCAACGCGCAUAUCACCUCUGCAAGAGACGAGGAAAUUAAUCUCAACACCCAGGACCACCACAAUCUCGACAUGGAGGCGAACUUGGACCUUGAUGUUACAAUGGGCCAACUGGAUCUGUCACUCGAUCCCGAAUUGGACUUCAGCGCCCCAACCGGUCCUUCAGGCCAGUCCGAACCAAUGGACAUGGGAGUUGAUUUUGAGAUGCAGAUGGACCAUCAUGAUGUUGCUGCGCCGGUACAUGUACCUGACGACAUUGGAAACGCCGAAACGCAGGAGACCACCAUGGGACUUGCUCAGAUGGAUUCUUUGGCCACACCCGAUGCCGCCCGAACCUCGGAAAGGCAUGUUCUGAGAGCACCUCGUGCUCGCAAGAAUAAGCGGAACAAAAGAAAUUCGAUUAUCAUGGACACUAGUACCACCAUAGACGGACAAACAAUGCGACAGAACCUUGCCGACGCCUCUGACUUGGUGGCCUGGCCAAAGAAGGUCGUGUGA